AUGAGCGUGGGCGCCCACGCGCGGCUCCCGCAGUGCGCGGUCCCCCGGCUCCACGCCGCUCCCUUCGGCGGCCUCGCGGGCGUCGGCGCCACAGGAUGGGAACUGCCUCAGUGCUCAGGCCUCUGCGGACCCCUAGACUGGGCCCCUACCGAGGGCCUUCAGGACACAGAGCGACACCAAAGGAGAGUUCGAACUAUGUUUAACUUGGAGCAGCUGGAAGAGUUGGAGAAAGUGUUUGCAAAACAACACAAUCUUGUGGGAAAGAAGAGAGCCCAGCUGGCAGCCCGGCUCCACCUUACAGAGAACCAGGUGAGGAUCUGGUUCCAGAACCGCAGAGUCAAGUAUCAGAAACAGCAAAAGCUGAAACUUCCAGCCCUGUCUGCUGUGGCUGCCUCCCCAGAUGAGCCCUCCAGCAGCUCCGACAGCAGCAUUCACAGUGAAGACGCUGAGUCAGGAGCAGACAGCUGUGGACUUUGA